CAUCGAUACUGUCAUCGAUAUUUAUGCACCAGCCUAUUCUAUUUUGAUAAGAUCGAAAGUGAAUUUGUGUGCUGGUGGAAGGUAUUAUCUGUCAAUAUCAUUGGCUUUACCGCGAACAUAACUGAAUAAUACCCACUCGUAAGCGCACAGAGUAAUAAAAUAAACAGCUCAGAGAUCAAUUCGCUGGCACAAUGAUUGGUAUACAAUUGUUCAACGAAAUCGGCAGCAUCUUUCGCAACACGCCGACCUUUGCGCUGGUGCUGGAAACUUUGCUGCUGAUCACAGUAGUCUGGCUGCUCUUGCAUAAACGCGGCGGACGUCGCCUGACCAAGGAACAACAGGAGUACCUCAUUGAUCAAUACGAGCCAGAGCCAUUGGUGGGCGAAACAGAUCCCGAGCAUCCAUUGCUACGUACUCGCCUCGUCCAGUCGAAAGUCGGCAAGCGGGUUGUGGUCGACGGACAUGAUUGCUUAAACUUGGCAUCGCACAACUACUUGGGCUUCCUUGAGGACAACGAGAUUCUGGAGGAGGCUUGCAAGUGUUUGCGCAAAUAUGGCGUCGGUUCAUGCGGCCCACGCGGUUUCUAUGGCACCAUGGAUGUGCACUUGGAUCUGGAAGAUCGUUUGGCUAAUUUCAUGGGCCUGGAGGAGGCCAUUGUCUACUCUUAUGGCUUCUCGACGGUCGCAAGUGCCAUUCCCGCCUAUGCCAAGCGUGGCGACAUCAUCUUUGUAGAUGAAGAUGUCAACUUUUCCAUACAAAAGGGCUUGGAUGCAUCGCGCAGCACCAUUGUGUACUUUAAGCACAACGAUGCCAAAGAUUUGGAACGUCUGCUGCAGGAGCAGGAGAAACGCGAUAUAAAGAAUCCCAAAAAGGCGCAGAAAACCCGUCGUUUUCUGGUCGUUGAAGGCAUCUAUAUGAAUACGGGAGAGCUGUGCCCACUGCCCGAGUUGGUUGCUCUCCGCAAGCAAUAUAAGUUGCGUCUGUUUUUGGACGAAACGAUCUCAUUUGGCACACUUGGCAGCCACGGACGCGGCAUCACCGAGUAUCUCAAUGUGGAUCGUGAUGAAAUCGACUUGAUAUCGGCAGGCAUGGAGGGAUCCAUGGCCACCAUUGGCGGCUUCUGUGUGGGCUCCCAUUUUAUAGCCGAGCAUCAGCGUCUGUCCGGCUUGGGCUAUAUAUUCUCCGCCUCGCUGCCACCAAUGCUGACACAAGCAGCGAUUUCAGCACUGGAUCGCUUUGAGCGUGAACCGCAGAUCUUUGAGCAGCUCCAAACGCUGUCACAAUUUGUCCACAACCAGUUCCAAGGCUUCACCAAACUGCAGCUGCGUGGCGAUAAGCUGUCGCCUGUUAAGCAUUUGUACGUGGCCCAGGCUCGUGACAACUUUGAAACAGAGGCCAAGUUGCUUGCGAAGGUGGCCGACAAGUGCAUUGAAAAAGGCGUUGCUGUCGUACAAGCGGCCUACUUACAGGAUAGGGAACACAAGCCGGUGCGUCCAAGUCUAAGGAUCGCUGUCAAUCGUCUGCUGACCAAUGAUGAAGUGUUGGAGGCUUUCAAGCUCAUUGAAUCCGUUUCCAGUGAAGUGCUUUAAGCGCAUUUUCCAUAUGUAUUAUCGUAUCGAUCGAAUUAUGUUUAAUGUUGUUAACGUCCAAACAAACUGCAGCCGUGCACCUGCUGAACUGUUUAUUUAAUAAAGUUGGAUACAAUCUAAAAAA